UAGUUUUAAUGAGAUAUUAUUAAAAUGCAGUAAAGCAGGGACAAUCAUUCAUGUAGUUAUUAAAGAUUUUGCACAUCAUAGUUUUGGUUUAUACUGAUUUUAUUGCUGAAAGCUGAAAAUGUAAGAAUCAGGCAACACUGCAUUUUAAACAAAAAUGGUGCUGAACAGUACCCAAGUGGAGUUCUUUGACUUGUAGCCACAGGAGAACCUGUAUUGGUGCUGUUUGGCACUCAUCUCUUAAAGGUGCUACACAGAGCCUUGGUAAAAUAGUGCUUUGUAGAACCAUUAGAGGUGUCAUUUUGGACUAUAUUUGUACAUUGUUGAGCCUGGGGGCCCUUAAAUGAUGCCAGAUAAUACCAUGGGCGGGUCGAUGUGCUUCUAAAUGACACAUAAAAUAUGAAACCUGAACCUUAAACCUGAAGACACACUGAAUUGACCUAGAUGGUCCGACAAGCUGUAGGAGUAAACAUGGAGCCCACACUGUAACUGCACUCCCUGAGGAAGCAGACAGAGGGGUCUACAGUCUGUGUUUGAAGGAUAUAUCCAGGAUGUCAAACUGACUCAGCAGCAACAACAGGUUAAAAAGACAAAGAUAGUUAGAAGCUAAAGCUGAACUAUAGGCUACAGAUCACAGUGUAAAAGUGAACCACCACAUCACUGCUGAUCGCCACACAAGACAAUGAAUAUAAAGGGAAACUUUGCUGAUGUUGAACCAGCUGUGUGGCAUCACAGUGUGUGCAGAUGAACAGUGUUUGGCUUCAUCCCUGUGCCACUGCCAGCACCCGCACCUCUAAGGGGGAAGCCAAGCGACAUUCAUCUGCACACAAUGCGCUGACACACAGCUGGUUGAAUAUGAGCAAAGUUUCCCUGCUUCCCUUCACUGGUUCCUGUACAGCAGGGUCGGUCUUUGUUUCACUGUUAUAAUCAUUAAAAAGCAAAAGCAGCAUGUGUAUACAUUCAGUAGGCUAUAUCUUCAGUAGCUAGCUAGCUAACCCUACACUUUUCAGGGUUUGAUUUUGGUUUUGGAACAGGGAAGAAACGUAUAUCUUUUUCCAACCUCUCCAGGUAACAAGUAUCAUUAAUACACGACGUGCCCCAGGCACAACAUUUAGCUCCAAAUCCACAAAACCGGCCUGGAAAUGAAGGAAAUCUGAAACCAUUGCAUUAGAGUCAAUGGAGCACAGCUGUGUUGUUGCUAUGUUAAAAUUGGCCAGUCUGUCUGCGUCCGGGGGUGGGACUUAGCGAAGAGUUUUGUUUGGUUUGUCCAAUCUGGGCUACUGUAGCAUCAUGGCAGUAUAAAAUGGCGGACAAAGACAGACUCCUCGGACCUGCUUCUGCUCCCUGUGUGGAUAGAAAUGUCUCAUUCAAAGAUUUCUACCUACCACAGCUUUACCUUUUAACGUCAGUGAGUCAUGUCCUGUUUACUGUUGCUUAGCAGUUACAUGAUGGAUGCCUGUAAACAAGGACAGGAUGAACUAGUCGCCUUUUUUAUGCUGCUGCUGGAGCUUCACAUCAACCGCUGCUGGGGGAAAAAAAGGAGAAAAAAACAACUUCCCAUCUGUGUUCUGCCUGCCUCUACACUGCAGCAAAACCAGCCCGAGCAGACCGGAGGCAGCACAUCUCUCCUCAAGGGACGCUGCGCCUAGUCUUUGACAAUGAAGUUCAACUUGUUCAGAAAUUCGCAGGCCGUGGCGGCCCCCGAGCCCACCGGUGUCACCACUGCCACCAUGGCUCCCACCCAGGCUUUCAUCUCCACCUCGGUGCCGGAGACCUCUGGCUCCACCAACACAGAGAUCAGCAAGAACGACAUGUUUGAGGAGAUCAAGAGCAAAUUCUUCAAUGAAAUUGAUAAAAUUCCAUUGCCUCCAUGGGCUCUGAUCGCCAUUGCUGUGGUGGCCGCGUUGCUCAUCCUCACCUGUUGCUUCUGCAUAAUCAAAAAAUGCUGCUGCAAGAAGAAGAAGAACAAGAAAGGGAAGAAGGGCAAAGACGGUUUCAACAUGAAGAACAUGCAGGGUGGCGAGAUACACCAGGACGACGAGGAUGAUGACGAGGGAGAGACCGGACUGACAGAGGAGGAGAAAGAGGAAGAGGAGAAAGAACAAGAGAAACUGGGGAAGCUGCAGUACUCUAUAGAUUAUGACUUUGAGAAUGCAAAGCUCACAGUCGGCAUCCUUCAAGCUGCGGACCUCAUAUCCAUGGACUCAGGUGGAACCUCCGAUCCUUACGUUAAAGUCCUGCUCCUGCCUGACAAGAAGAAGAAGUAUGACACCAAAGUCCACAAGAAAACACUGAACCCUGUCUUCAAUGAGACAUUUGUAUUUAAGAUCCCCUACGAGGAGCUCGGUGGGAAGACUCUGGUGAUGUCUGUUUAUGACUACGACCGAUUUUCCAAACAUGACGUCAUUGGAGAAGUGAAGAUUCCCAUGAACACUAUCGACCUCGGACGGCCGAUCGAGGAGUGGCGGGAUCUGGAGAGCGCCGAUCAAGAGGAGCCUGAGAAACUCGGAGACAUCUGCAUCUCCCUCCGUUACGUCCCCACUGCUGGGAAACUCACCGUCUGCAUCCUGGAGGCCAAGAACCUGAAGAAGAUGGACGCCUGUGGAUUAUCUGAUCCUUAUGUGAAGAUCCAGCUGCUGCAGGGUGGUAAGCGUCUGAAGAAAAAGAAGACCACAGUGAAGAAGAACACUCUAAACCCUUACUAUAAUGAAUCCUUCAGCUUUGAAAUCCCUCUGGAGCAGAUGCAGAAAAUCUUGGUGGCGGUCACAGUGUUCGAUUACGACAAGAUCGGUAAAAAUGACGCUAUCGGAAAGAUCUUCGUGGGCAGUAAGGCAACCGGCCUCGGUCUGAAGCAUUGGUCCGACAUGCUGGCUAAUCCGCGCCGCCCCAUUGCCCAGUGGCAUCCAUUGCAGCCAGAGGAGGAUAUUGAUGGUCAGCUGGCGUCCUUGAAUGCAAAGAAGUAACAUGCUCCACCAACCAGCUAAUGCACUAACUCAGAAAUCCAACCCCUGUCCCCUACUUUGCAUGAAACCCAUGACUUAACAACACGUGACAACUCGUCAUGAAACCUGCUCAGCAAAAAAGAGACAUCUUAGAAUAUCCGCUCAUUCAUGGUUAAGUCGAGAAAAAACUGUUUUUAAGCAUCACAUUUCACACAUUAGUGUAUGCUGAGAGGAGUGGCGUUGAGUUACCGGGUGACUGGUUCGUGAAUGAUCGACUGUUGGUCUUUCUUUCAUUUGAAGAAACUUAGAAACUGAUUCUUAGGGUGCUGACACUGAACGAAAGACAAUGCUGGAAAAUAAAGCUUUAGUUUAGUUUAUAGAGCAUGCUUUACUUAGCUCCCCACUGCUCCGCAUACACCACGCCCAGUAUUGUAUCUUGCUAAUAAGUGUGCUAUAACUUGCAGUAGAAAGUACUGUAGUGUUGGGCUACUUCCUGCAUAGUCUGUUUAAAUGUAUUAAUGCAAAAAUAUUUAAUUGAGAAUGAAUGAGUUCACUGAAUGCAGCGAUCCAUGUUGCAAUAUAUUUUCAAGAGUAAUCUGCAUAAAUGAUUGUCUUCAUUUUACCGGCUCACAUUUGAGAAGGAGAUACAGUACAGUGGUAAAUAAUACGGAACAGUCGUCUGAUCUAAGCUGCUUGUUUUGUGUUGCCACGAAGGCACGUCUAUGCAUUUAGGUUCAACACACGUCUCUGUGUCUCCAGACGGAUCUAAUGUAGGACAGGAAUACAUGGGUGCCUUUCCUGAUACGACACUUUGAGAAUUACAGUAAGCUUCAUUGUUUUAUUUUGAAGGGAAAAUCAUUCAAAAGUAGUCAGGGACACUGUGAAUGUGCCAUCUUGAAUCUGUCUUGAGUUGUGUUGACCAUUUGGAUGUAAAACUUUACUUAUCUGUGGACAAGGUAAGGACACGGGAAGGCUCAUCAAUAAUGUUCAUAUCAAUUAUGACAAUGCUUUUCUUUAAAUCCUGCUCUUGCUUCCCUAAAAACAGUGCCAUCUAACUCAUUUUUUGUUUUCCAUUAAAGGGAUCACAUGUCUUUCUUUGACGAAUGUUGUAGUUUACCAAACAUACCACACACCCUUAAUCAUUUCUGGUGAAACAACACAAGGAAACCCAUCAAAGACCAGAUGUCUUUUUUUAUAGAGAGUUUGAAUUUGAAGAUGUAGCUGCACUUUUUAAGAGAGCGUGAAGUGCAAAAAAGCAGGUUUGUAAAAUCCCAACAGGGCAAGAGCUACAUGAAAACAUUAUAAUACAAUAAACAUAUCUUGGACCAUUCUGCUUGAACCAAAUAGAGCUGCAGAAUCCAGCAUGUAUCAUGCCUCGCAGUAUUUCAUGCUGUUUGGAUAGCUCACUCAUCGGCCACAAGCUUUGUAAACCUGGAGCCAAAGUGCUGCAACAUGGUGGUGUGAAAACAUCAUCACAGACAUAUUGUGUCCGACUGAUGAGCAGGGACAGGGCAAAGGAAGGCUGCAAUGAUUUAAUUCUUAUAAGCACUUAGUUGUAAAGUUUCAGUACUCCUGAAUACUUGAUUAAUACGUCUGAAUUUAUAGCUGUGAGUUAUUUUACUUGAAGAACCAUCUAUCUUCAUUUAUGUGGUUUGAAUUUCCCACUUUGACAUUUUUAAAACAGGAUGGUUUUCAGUAUUCACAAAAUAAACUCACAUUAAACUAUCUUCAAGUUGCUCAAAUUCAGUUGGAUUUCAAACACCAAAUUCAGGAUGACAAAUUCAGUCUUGAAAAAUGGAGCUACCAAACUCAAUGAAUCAUAUAUUUUAAGCAGACCCCUAAGGAGUUUAGAUACUGGUGGUGGUGAUGAGAUGGAUGUGAUCAGGAGAGGUCUUUAAAGCUUUAAAGCCCAACCUGGGCACUAGAUACAAUGAGUGGAGGUAAAUGGGGUGGAGUAGGGUGCAACGACACCACCUGAAAUGACAGCUGACAGCAGCAAAGAGGAGAUCAGAUUUAAAAAUUGAAAGCAGCAGCGUAAUAAUCUGAUACAGAUCGUGUUUAACUGGAAGAGCAGUGCCCAUAAUCAGCUGAUUGGAAGAAACAGGGGGAAUGGGAUAGAGAAAGAGAAUUGUGGAUGAAUGACGCAUAAAGAAAGUCUUCCUGUUUGAACUUAUAGAGCUUCCUUUAUACCUGGGGUGGUGCUUCUUUUUUUUUUAUCAAAUUAUGAUUUGAUAAAAAGAAAAAUAGAUGAAUUCCUAUACUCAUCUUAGCAUCUUGAAAUAAAGACACAAAUACGGUCACAAUUUGGUGUAAUGCUGAUCUUAGUUUUAUUUAUUUGUUUUAUUUUGCUUUUAGCCAGGGCUUGACUUGACUUGAGUAUAACUAUUCCAAGAAUAACCAGUAGUUUGAAAACUCGUUAACAUCAGAAAAUGAUUGAAACGUCUAGCAAGAGGUUGUAAUGCCAACGACAAUUUGACCAAACCUACUGAAAGAAGGAGCCCAGAACUGCCAUGUCUUGCGUGAAAAAUAAUAGUGAAAAAUGUAUCAAAAGAACACUUUUGGAACAUGGAGGCUGGUGUCGAUGAAGGGGAACUCAAGCUGCUGGGGUACAACAGGCUAAAAAAGGUUAGGAACCUCUGAGACAUUUAGUGUUUUAUAUAAAACAGUAAAGAGAAGUUCAGAUAAAAGGACACUUUGCACACACAUUUUCAAUCAAAAUGUAUGAAAAUUAAAGCUCAUGUAAAUUCGGAAUGAAUGGUUUCUGAAGUAAAACACUUACAUUCUAUAAUUUAAUUGUUAUUAGUGUUCAGGAGUGGUUAAACUUCAUAAUUGGGCGUUUAAGUUAAGUAUAAAAUUAAAUCAGUACAGCCUUUCUUUGCCUCUGUAGGCGGCCAUUUUGUCACCAGAAGUAAAAGUAAUUCUGCAGGAGGCUGAACAGCAGCACACUGAUUGGUCUACGCACAGUCCUACUUCCUCCUACUGUCGACAUUAUGCAUCGCGCAGAUUUGUUAAUAGGCUUCAGCAUGUAUCCACGACGAGAUGAUGUACAUAGUAGCAUGUUUUAAAGAGGAACCAUAAUUAUAUUGUGUAUGUGUGUUUGUGUUCUGUGUCAUUUUUUGAUAAUAAAACGGAGUAAAAAAGAGUAUGCACUGACUGCAAAGUGUAUGUAUUUUUGCUGAAUGGGACUGAAUGUAUGUCUGAAUAAUCCAUGUUAGGAUUCACGGGCUCCUCUGACGCCUCAGGAUUAAAGCAGGGUUGCUGUAUAAAAAAAAGAAAUCCACUCAGUUUGCCAUAAUACCGCAUGAUCGUCUGGUUUUCUGUCAUCGUUUGUUUGUGCUUUAAUCCAGUGUUACGAUGUGCUCGGGCUACAAGUCAUGUAAUUACUGUUCAUUUCUGCUUGCACCUGUUUUACAGUGUGUGUCGGUCGCUGACCAGUUAACUGUAUAUAUUUCAAAAAAAGGAGAAUAUUUGCCGGCUCCUUGAUUUUCUAUCUCAGUGUACCGUAAGUGUUUCCUUCAUUUACUCCUGCCAGAUGGGUGUCAAGUCUCAGUUUAUUAAAUGUCGAUGAAGUGGACAACUUAAUCGACUUGUAGCCCCUUUUUCCUUCCUCUUUUUGCUCCAUUGAACUGUACCUUCUCAUCUUAUUGCUAUUCAUAUGAGCCUGCUCUGAUAUGUCUGAUUAUACUUUACAACAUUAGGAAUUAGUCAGUAAUUAGCAUAUAAACUAAACUGUUUUUUUCAUUAUACAAUAUUUUUUUAUUAAGAUUCCUUUGCUGGAUUAGUACUGUGAAGUAUUACACUGCACAUUAUUGAUGCAGUCCUCCUAAGGAGCUCCACUCAUGUAAUUGAGCAAUCAAUAAUCUUUUCAUUCCAAAUGUCACUUCACGAGCGAACACACGCAGUUUGACUAAUGGAUCGCAAUAGGAUGAGCCGGUGUUGUGUCACUUGUGCAUGCUCUGAGAUGUCAGUGCUGUGUCUGCCAUGACGUUUCUAAUGUGGGGAUUUGUAAACGUUGUGUGCUUUGUUUGAGUCUCAGUCAUUUACUGUUGGAAAAAAACCUUUAUUUACAGCAUGCGGUGGAUGAAGAUGGAUGUAAUCUUCAUGACUGUUCAUGUUUUCAGAGUGUAAUGUAGCUGUCUCUCUGUGGUCGAGGGGCUGAGAGUUAUAGAGACAACACACAUUUAUCAUUUUUGGAUAUUCUAUUCUGAAGAUGCCACAAUUACCCCUUUACUAUCAACAUGGACGGGGUUCUGUUCUGGUUCAUGCACCUAAUUUUGAACUAUUCAAGAGCAAUUUGACCAGACAUAAAUUUGUUCUUUGGUCUCUGGCUGAAACCAAAAAGUAGCAGGUUUUUCUUUUUGCCUAAAGUGCAAAUUGUGACGACAUCAGUGCCACAUUCUAGACGUCAGAAAGAGAGAAUGGAGAAGGCAACAAGAGGUGUGAAGUGAGAAAUCAUCAAAAAAUAAGGAGCGUGCAGUGGUCUCAUUAAUAGUUUCUUAUUUUUGGAUUGAAACAAAUAUCUGUAGUUGCAGAACAAAAGUUCGUAGGUAGGCUUAUCAAUGCGAUCCGCCAUUUUGUUUCCACUGUUUACUUCCGUUGAUGAUACAUCCCAGAUUACAAUGGCUCUGAUCAAAACUGGUGGAAACGUGUUCUGGUUCUCUAAAUAGCACAGACGAUCCCGAGCUAAUUUGGUGGAAAAGGUGUAAAUGUGGUGUCAAAUUUAAAUCCAGAUCUUACUGUGAAGGAGCGCCACAUCAUAUCAUUUUCUACAGUGUGUGUCAGGUCAUCCUCUCCUGGGGUCAUUUAAUAUUCUCACUCUCAUCUACGUGUAUUUGAGCUGCCAUCAGUUUCUGCCUCCUGUUUCUGUGUAUUUGCAAUAGGACCAAUAGAGCCUGUAUUCGUUUGUUGGUGUUCUGUUAAUGGACUACACCAGUCUGUCACUUUUCUGCAAUGCAGGCAACAAAAUCCCCGUCUUCCUGGGUCUCACAAGCUAUAAACAGUGCAGAACAACAUUUGCAAUGCAAUACUGCCAACCUGCUGCUUCAGUAACGGUUCCUCUUUUAGUCCCCUCACGUGAACAUAGCCAUGAUACAGAACACCCAAAGACCUGAUCACAGUCCCAUCACGCUCCAUCGGGCACUCACUUUCCGAGCAACAGAGACAAGGGAAAUGCUUGAACGUCUUUCUUGACUCUUGUUUUUGUCUUGUUGUAGAGGUGUGUCAAUAGUUGUGCCUUUUUGUGAACUGCAUGAUUUAUUUCCGUACAAAAUCCAUGUUUUCCAGCCAAAAAAAAGAGGGAACAAUAAGACCACAGAACUUGUACUCAUAUAUCACUCUAUGUAGAACUGAGCUACUCAAGGGAACCAAAAUAUGGGAUGUGGUCAGGACAUAUCUGUGUGUUGUCAAAAUGUAAUCAUAGGAAAUAAAGGCAUUUUA